UUCUUAUCUGUCAACAUGAAGAAUGUCCUGCAUUGGAAUCCACCCCAGGGUCUACGUGGAGUUGAAGUCACAUACACGGUGCAGUAUUUCAUAUACGGGCAGAAGAAAUGGCUGAGUGCAUCUGAAUGCAGAAGCAUCAGCAGGACCUACUGCGAUCUCUCUGCGGAGACCUCAGACUAUGAGCAUCAGUACUACGCCAAGGUGAAGGCCAUUCAGGAAACCAAGUGUUCCGAAUGGGCUGAAACAGAACGGUUCUAUCCUUUCUUAGAAACCCAAGUUGGCCCACCAGAGGUUGCCCUGACAAGUGGCGAGAAGUCCAUCUCUAUUACCCUGACAGCACCAGAGAAGUGGAAAAGAAAUCCCACAGAUGACUCUGUUUCUAUGCAACAAAUAUACUCCAAUCUGAGAUACAACGUGUCUGUGUAUGACACUAAAUCGAGAAGAAGGUGGUCACAGUGUAUCACCAACAGCACAUUGGUACUCAGCUGGCUGGAACCGAGCACUCUGUACUGUAUCCAUGUGGAGUCCUUGGUGCCAGGGCCGCCUCGCCUCACUCUGCCUUCUCAGAAGCAAUGCAUCAGUACUCUGGAAGAUCAAAUGUCAGCACUGAAGGUUAAAGUCAUCUUCUGGUAUGUCUUGCCCACAUCUGUAAUCGUCUUUCUUUUUUCCGUGAUUGGCUACUCAGUUUACCGUUACAUCCACGUUGGCAAAGAAAAACAUCCAUCGAAUUUGAUUUUGAUUUAUGGAAAUGAAAUUAAAAGAGUCUUUGAGCCUGCUGAAGCAAUUACGCUUAAUUUUGUCACCCUCAAUGUGCUGGACGAUUCUAAAAUUUCUCAAAAGGAUAUGAGCUUCCUGGAAAAAAGCAGCGAUGAUUCCAGCUUUAACGACCCUGAGUUCAGUGAGAGCCAGGAGCCCCAUCUGGAGGAGGUGGAGGGGCAGCACGUAGGGUACUCUUCGCAUUUGAUGGACGUUGUCUGUAGUGCUGAGCAAAGUGACAGCAAUGCUCACCUAGCCCGUCACGAACGGCUCAGCAGCACCACGCCCACAGGGAAGGCAGACGCUGAACAUGAGUAUAGUGUCCCAACUGAUUUCUACAGGCAGGCCGAAGACCACCAGUUCUGUGGGCAGGAAGAGGCAUCCAGAACAGGGGAAUUACCUGAGCCUCGGGCAACUUUAGCAAACUUAGGCCCACCUCUUGAAGACCUACAUCACCUGGGACAGGAGCAUCCUGGCUCAGAAGAGGGGCCAGAGGAAGAGCCAUCCACAACCCUGGUGGAUUGGGACCCUCAAACUGGCAGGCUGUGCAUCCCCUCCUUACCUAGCUUUGGCCAGGAUCCUGUGGACUACGGACAUUAUGAGAGAGACCGGCUCUUGGAGGAUGGUCUUUUGUCCAGAUUCUAUGAGAACCAGGUACCUGACAAGCCAGAGGAUGGAAAUGAAAACUAUCUUAUACAAUUUAUGGAGGAAUGGGGGUUACACGUACAAAUGGAAAGCUAA